AUCAUGGCGGCGGCGGCGGCGGCAAAUUAGGGCAGAGCCCGCGCACCGGGCGCGCGCCCGCCCGCCAUUCCCCCCCCCCUCCCCUCACCGCCCCCGGCGGGAGCGACCCGGGAGCUGCGGCCGCUCCUCCGCCUCCGGUUCCUCCCCGCGGCGCCCGCAGCCUUCCCGGCUCCCCGAGCGCAGCACAGCCACCCCGAUGGCGUCCGCUGCCGCCGUGCCUGUAGGAUUGCACUAUGAAACCAAAUACGUCGUGCUCAGCUACCUGGGCCUUCUAGCACAGGAGAAGCCCCAGGAGCAUCCUCCUCCUCCUCCUCCACCUCAAGGGACUCAACAACAGCUUAUGGCACAACCUGCUCUGGAGAAAGAGGCUUUGGAGAAGAUUAAAAUAGAAAUCGAGGAGGAGCUAAAACGUCUCGAUGAAGAAAUCUUGGAAGCCUUUACCACGACAGGGUUUGACUGCCACACUUCCCCAGUGUUCAGCCCUGCCAACCCAGAGAGCUCAAUAGAAGACUGCCUGGCUCAUCUGGGGGAGAAAGUGUCCCAGGAAUUGAAGGAACAUCUGCACAAAGCACUGCAGAGCUUGCUUAGCAAGCCGGUGACGUAUCAGGAGUACCGGGAGCGCACGCAGGAGGCGUCUGCUCAUGCCAGCGGGUGGAACAAGGUCUUGGUGCCCCUGGUUCUGUUACAACAAUUUCUGAUGGAGCUGACCAGACGGGGCCAGGAACCACUGAGUGCCCUUGUGAACUUUGGGGUGACAUAUCUAGAAGAUUAUUCUGCAGAUUAUAUCAUUCAACAAGGAGGAUGGGGAACAGUCUUCACUUUGGAAUCCGAAGAGGAGGAGUAUCCCGGGCUCAUUGCAGAGGACAGCAAUGACAUCUACAUCCUGACCAGUGACAACUCAGGGCAGGUGAGCCCCCCGGAGUCCCCCACGGUGACCACGUCGUGGCAGUCGGAGGGCCUGCCCGUCUCCCUGUCGGCCAGCCAGAGCUGGCACACGGAGAGCCUGCCGGUCUCCCUGGGACCUGAGUCCUGGCAGCAGGUGGCUAUGGAUCCCGAAGAAGUCAAAAGCCUGGACAGCAACGGAGGGGCUGAAGAGAGGAGUGAGAACAACUCUUCCAACUCUGACAUCGUUCACGUGGAGAAGGAAGAGAUACCAGAGGGGAUUGAGGAAGCAGCAGUGCCAGCUGGUGCUGCAGAGACCAUACAGGCGGUCUUUCCAGAAACCUCUGCUUCUUUACAGGAAAUAAAACCUCCUGAAAUCGCUGCUGCUGAAAAAGCACAUUCCUCCUCACUUCUACGUACAAAACAGGAGGAAAAGGGAAAAGCAGCUGAAGAGCUUGUUGAACCUGAAAUCCCCGUGUUAACUAAACCUGUCCCCAAGUUAGCCCCGUCAGAAGAAAAGGCUGCGCCAGAACCUGAGAAAAUACUGCUUCCGGGGGAAAAAAAAGCGGGGAAAGAGGGCCAUUUGGAAGAAAUAGAAGAGAAAUCCUCAGCUGCAGAGGAGAAGCCUAUCCUGUUGCCAGAAGGGAAAUCGAUACUGCUGUACGGCGGGGCUGCCGCGGUCGCUAUCUUGGCCGUGGCAGUCGGAGUGGCGCUGGCGCUUAGGAGAAAGUAACGGGGCUCUCUCGAGGAGGAGGGAGGAGAGAAGAGAGCACAUCCAAGUUUUGUAGUUGUGUUACCUAAAGGUUGAGCUGCCUGCUGUUGAAUUGGACAUUUGAGUAACUCAGUGGUGAUGAGGUGAGGUCAUUCAAUAAGCCUCCAGCUACGGACAAUCAUGUUUUUAGUAGAAUCGGGGCGGGGACUGGUUUUUCGUGAUUAAAGUAUGGGGGUAUUUUUAAAAAAAAAAACAAACAAAAAAAUCUGCAAAUUUAAGAACUUAAAGUGCAGGUGCUGAAGAAAGGGGUGCUCAUACUCUAGGAACUGGAACAAAGAAUCCCCAGGGGAAGGGGAGAGCCAGCUGCUGCCAGCCCCUGGAGAUUCUGGCUUCUCAGAUUGACCGCUAUCGCAGCUGUGCUGUCUUGUCACUUCCCGUUGUGCCCCCGAGCCCCUCCUAACAAACAUUAGCCAACCUGAGUCCUGUAGCGAGAGGCUGGUGUCCCUUUUGUCUCAGCUUCCUCUCAGGUACAGCACUGCUCCUCAUAACCUUCCAGGUUCCUCCUAAGCCCCAGUGGGACAGUGCUUAUUCUUACCUCUUGGCUCACACUGGUUUUGGCCCCUAACGUUUACUGGAGCCCCAUCCUGUGAAGAUGCUGCCUCUCUAUAGCUGUAUUAUCUCUGAGCAUCCUGGUGUUGCUGGGGCAGAGGUGCUGCCCAGGAGGGUGGGAGGGACACUGCUGUUUGCUGGUUUGAGAAUCCAUUUGCUCUGCUCCUGCCCAGCUCACUUCACUGCAAACCCUUCAGUUACCAGAGGUACGAAAUUGAUGCUGGGCACGGUGCCCUUGGGAUCACUGCUCUGAUAUCUGGGGUAUAUUCAGCAAAAAUACAGCAAACCCGUGUGGAAGCAAGGCCAGUGCCUCAAGUGCAAUUCAGAUAUUAAAUGCUCUGCUGUCCUGUGUCACGCUGCAGUCUGCAUUAUCUUUCCCAAGUUAAGCACAGAGUGUAUUUAGUCCUAACUUGGUCUUGCCUGUGACAGAAUCCCAGAUAUAUAAAGCAAUGGAUUCUAGUAACUGAGCAAAAGAGCAUUAAGCAUCUCUAUCUGCUUGUUCCUGACCUGGCCAGAGUGCUGUUCAGUGCGAGUUCUUGGCGAAUCUGUAAUUGCCUGAACUUACAGGUUCACACAUCGCGAGCAAUCACCUUUGGCAAAAAAAGGAAAUCCCCCUUGCUGCAGUCACAACGCUCGAGGCGUGUGUGGAGAGAAGCCUUUCAAGUAUCCCCAACCCUAACCCUGCUCCUUAGUGGGAUCCAGCCACAAGCGUUCCCCUGUCAGCACGUUUGUGUGUCUGUCCUUGUCCAGCUGCAGCGCAGCACCUUGUGCUUCCCAGGCAGAACCGGGACUGCGGAGCUGUGGAUGCCUCUCUGAGGGUUGGUGCUGGCACUGUGGCUUGGACCAGGUGGAGGAAGGUGAAAGGGAACGUGUGGUAAUGUAAAAAAUGAAACAUGAGCUUGUGGGGGAGUCUUCACAAAGCACAAAGACAAGGUACUUUUAUUUCUAAAUAACCAUAUCCAGAGUGCAUCUCCUGAUGAGCCUGUCUCUUAAGGGAUCUCAGAAUGAAGAGAUCUUAGCAUAUUCUCUAUUUUAGGAUAUUCUUGCUGCAUUUUCCUAUCCCAGGAUGCUGGAAAGUUAGUCAGAAUGUGUCAGAUUCUGAGGAAUUAUUUUUGUGUAAGCUUUUGUGAAAUGGAUUUUCUAGAAAACUUACUGGAUUUUGAGCUCUGUGUGUGUGAAGUUGAGCGUUAAGAGGAAGGGUUGUGUGUAUACUGCUGCUGUGGACUGAACUUGGGAGCUCUGGAGUUCUGGACUCUACUGUUGAUCACUGAUUGCUCUUCUUCCAUGUACAAAAUAGCAGGUUGGCCUUAUCAGAAAAAAAACCCAAAUAUUUUAUCAUAUUGCACAGUGGAAUUGAGUGGGUUUUUUGCCAUUUUCUGGUGCCCUGCUGGUACUCAUUGCAGUGCUGUGUCCCCAGAAGGGAUCACUGGGACCUCCUCAAGCCAUGGGCUCCAUGCUGUCUGCCUCCCCACCAGGGCAGUUCCCUCUCCUGGCCCCUUGCAGGAGCUUCCCCCACCUAGAGGAGAGGUCUCCUUAUGCUCUGUCUGUCACAGACAUGCAGGAACAGCUCUGCUUUUGGUACAGCCCCACCUCCAGGCACACAGCAGGGUACUCUGAGGCAGGGAUGGAGUCUCUGGACACUCUGGAUAACUUGUGUACCAGUGGGGGAGGGUGGAGCUGGUGUUCCUUCUUCUCUGUAGAUGGGGUUGUUUCAGUAGUAGUGUGGAGAUGGGUGGAGGACAAACAAGAAUAAAUCCAGGCUGGCAAGGGAAGAAGUUAAAAACUUAUUGCCACAAGGAGCCCAGUGGGGCAUGAAAUAAAAAGCAUCCACGCGCAGCAGCGAGAAGGUGGCAGCAGUAGUAAGGAAAAUUAAUAAUUCUGUUAGGCAUUUUUGUGGUCAGGCAGAAGCCUUGAGUGUCUGGUGUGUUGCUGCAUUUCAUGGAGCAUCAGUUGCACCGUACGUUUUGGUUGCUCGGUCCUUUCUUUAUAAUGUUCUUUCCCUUCUGGGCUCUUUUAGAUUUGGCAAGUCAGCGAGACUUUGAGCUGACCACGUGUUCAGAAAAUGUAUUGAUGAGUCUCUUUCCUCUGGGAAACUCCACUAGUUCAAAAGGUCAGCUGUGGGGCUGAGUUCUGCAGAGUUUGGGGUCCUGUGGUCAGGCCUUGUGGAAGUCACCAAAGGGGGCUGAGCUCAGAUGGCACUGUUCCUGCAGACCUGAGUGAGAGGCUGCUCUCUUAAGAGGUGUGAGUUAAGAAAUGGAAGUUUUCUUCCCCCUGUCUUCAGGUGUAUUACAGUAACCUUAACCUGCAGGCUCGUUACCCUGGAAGGUGUGGGGCAGCCUCUCUCGAGUGGAUCUCUCCUGGCUGGCAGAGGGAAGGCAGGAGCUGUGUACUUGCAAAAGGGCAUAUAGGAUUACUUGUGUCGCUCAUCCCCUUCCCAGAAGUGCCUCAAUAUCUGUCCUCUAGUGGCCUGUACUUUAACAAAAUAUCUACCUUAGACCCGUUCUGUCUUCACUUUAUCCUUAGCAUACCCUAAAGCUGAGAUGCUAAAACAGCAGAGGGCUGGAUCUGUGAAAAAAAGUGGGAAAUACUGAAGGAAGUGCAGUGGGCAGCAUGCUCCAUAAGGAGCUGUCAAGGUAAGGUGCAACUUAAAUUCAGCUGUGUUUAAUUCUAAAUAUGUUUAGUUGGGCAUUGUGGCUGGGAGCUGGGCAAGGACUUUCUUCAGCUGGCACUGCAGGAGCAAGAGGCUGAGAGCAAAGACAGAAUUCUUCUGUUGCCCAAGUGCAGAUGCAGAGCCCUGUCCCAGGCAGAUGCAGCUCCUGUGUGCUGGGGGGAGCCUGGCGGGCUCCUGAGGCCCCUGAGCUGUGGUGUAAGUCAGCACUACAGGAAUCCAUCCUUGCCGCUUGUGAGGGCUUCGUUUUCCACUCUGGCUGUGCUCAGGCAGCUGCAGCUCAAGUGCCAGGUGGAAGCUGCAGUGCUGAGUGCUCUUACACAGGACAAGUUUUGCUGCCAGAAUCCCAUUUCCUUCCUUCCGCCAUAGCCCUGAUCACAGCUAGGCUAAAACUUUGGACUGCAUUUUUAAACUAAUCAAUGCUUUCUAAUGGUCACAAAUGAAAAGUUUAAUUGGUACUAAACAAGCAAGCUGCUGAAGUUUGGUGUCCUUUCAUUUUAAUUAUUUUAGUAGUUAAAAUAAUCUGGGGUUAUAAACCUUCCCUAUAUUUGAUGUCAGUUACAGGGUUGUGGCAGUACUGGCAAAGCCCAGUAAAGUAGAUGUUGCUGUUCUGGCAAAAAACUAGAAAUGCUUCUGGCUCCACAGUCACUGAUUCCCUAAGCCAGAGCAAGUUCCUGUUAGAGAGUUUCAGAGUGUAAUUACUAGAAUCUUCUGCUGUGAAAUGGGGCAGUGGGGUGGAGAGGUGCACAUGGCUGGCCCAGGUGUGAUGCCUGCAGGCAUGAGAAAGCCCAGGGCGGCAGUAGAAUGUCAUAUUCUGGCUCUGUGUCUUCUCAUGGUGGAGCACACUGGGAAAGUGUUUCCCAGUGAAAAUUUCCUGGUUAUUAUCUCUAUUGAUGAUCUGGAUGAGGGGAUUGAGUGCGACAGUAGCAGAUUUGCAGAGGACACCAAGCUGGGUGCAAGUGUUUGUGUGCUGGAGAGUAGGAGGGCUCAGGGAGGGACCUGCACAGGCUGGAUGCAUAAGCUGAGUUCAGUCAUAGGAGGUUCAACAAAACCAAGAGCCACAUCCUACACUUUGGGCAUAACAGAGUGGCUGGACAGUGGCCAGGCAGGAAGAGCCCUGGGGAUUUGACUGACAGCAGCUGGACAUGAGCCAGCAGAGUGCUCUGGUGGCAAGAAGGCCAAUGGCUCCUGGCCUGGAUCAGGAAUGGUGUGGCCAGCAGGAGCAGGGCAGUGAUUCUUCCCCUGUGCUUGGCACUGGUGAGGCUGCACCUCGAGUGCUGUGCCCAGUCCUGGGCCCCUCAGCUCAGGAGGGAUGGUGAGGGGCUGGAGUGAGUCCAGAGAAGGGCAGCAAGGCUGGGGAGGAGUCUGGAACACAAAUCCUGCAAGGAGCAGCUGAGGGAGCUGGGAGAGUUCAGCCUGGAGAGCAGGAGGCUCAGGGGAGAGCUCAUCACUCCACAAGUACCUGAAAGGAGGGAGUAGCCAGGAGGGGUCAGGCUCUUCUCCAAGGCAACAGCAACAGGACAGCAUGACACAGCCUUAAGCUGUGCCAGGGGAGGUUUAGUUUGGACAUUAGGAAGAAGUUCUUCACAGAAGGGUGAUUGGACUUUGGAAUGGGCUGCAGGGAGCUGCUGGAGUCACCGUCCCUGGAGGUGAUAGAGAAGGGUGGAUGUGGCACUCAGUGCCGUGGCUGGUUGGCAAGGUGAUGUUUGGUCAUGGAUUGGACUCUAUCUCAAAGGUCUUUUCCAAACCUAGGUGAGUCUGUGAAACAUGGAGGGGUGAGGCACAAUAUCUGCUCUACCUAACGAGGGCAAAAGCUGUGGCUUGUACUGCUUAAUUUUAGCACGAGGAAGGCUGCAAGAGCAGUAUUAUUUUGACUUCAUGUAUGUACCUGUGCUUAAGAGUGCAAGCUCUGUAUUGCCAUAACAAAACAAAAAAGGAAGGGAGGUGUUUAUAAAAUUUAACCUGGCACUAGUUGACUCAGGUAGAGCAAGCUCUCAGGCCCAGAGGGAGCAGGGACUGCAGGGCCAGGUCUAGGCAACAGAAUUGUUUGUGUCUGGUACAGUGAAGGUACCUGACCAGGACUUGGCUGGGGAAUGACACCAGCUCAGAAGGGUCAGAAGUGUUAGUCCAGAGGAGCCACAACACAGCACUCAGCUCCACCUCCUUAAGCUAAAUAACUUUAUCACUUUCUUUUUCUACUUAGAGCUGACCUUCUCUCAGUCUCUUGGGUAGGCUGACUUGCUUCCUCCAAGCUAGAGGGCUGUGGUCAGGCUGUAGAAGUGGGGGAGCUCCUGUUGGCUUCCAGUGGAAGCUGAUUUUGAUCUCCCUGCAGUAUCUGCAGGGCAGGCAAGGGACACUGUCGAUGUGGACACAACAAACUGCAGAGGAUGCAUCUUACUGCUGUACCUUUAGGGGCUUUGUCCUCAGUUUUAACUUGCAGGAUAAGCUUUUAUUCAACUGUAAACCUAAAAACCCACUCAGACCAAAAGAAUGCCACUUGGUUUGUUAAGUAGUAAAGACUAAUGGGACUGACUCUGAAGCUGCAGGUUAGGGGAUCUCUUCUGCUAGGCUCCUGCUGGGUGUAAGCAAAUAGUGACAGACUUGCAGGGAUUUUGGAUUCUGUUCUCAAGAGGCCUGCCUGGGGGAAGAGACCCUGACUGGUCCUCAGGUCACCCAUUAUCCCAGGAACUCGGCAUACUGUUCCUUCCAAUGUGCAAGUGCAGCCCUUUUGGGGAAAACUGUCUCAAGCUUCUUGUGCCAUUUGGUUAAUAAAAGUGUUUCCACCUUGACAAGAAAGUUCUUUCCAGCUUCAUUGUUCAAUAUUCAGUUCAAGUGAAGGGGUAUGUACAUUCUUUCCCUCUGCUAAUGGGACACUGCUGUAAGACCAUGCCCCCAGGUUGCACUUUAAUAAAUGGUACAGUUUUCAAAAACAA